AUGAGCAAGAUCAGCGAGGUCGUGAAGCGGGCCCGGGCGGCCUUCAAGUCGGGCAGGACGCGCCCGCUGCAGUACCGGCUCCCGCAACUGGAGGCGCUGCGGCGCAUGAUCCAGGAGCGCGAGGCGGACUUCGUGGGCGCGCUGGCCGCCGACCUCCACAAGAACGAGUGGACGGCCUACUACGAGGAGAUGGUGUACGUGCUGGAGGAGAUCGACUACAUGAUCCAGAAGCUGCCCGAGUGGGCCGCGGACGAGCCCGUGGAGAAGACGCCCCGGACCCAGCACGACGAGUCCUACAUCCACUCGGAGCCCCUGGGCGUGGUGCUGAUCAUGGGCACCUGGAACUACCCCUUCAACCUCACCAUCCAGCCCAUGGUGGGCGCCAUCGCCGCAGGGAACGCGGUGGUCCUCAAGCCCUCGGAGCUGAGCGAAAACAUGGCGAGCCUGCUGGCCACCGUCAUCCCUCAGUACAUGGACAAGGACAUGUACCCAGUGAUCAACGGGGGUGUCCCCGAGACCACGGAGCUGCUCAAGGAGAGGUUCGACCACAUCUUCUACACGGGCAGCACGGGCGUGGGGAAGAUUGUUAUGACGGCUGCUGCUAAGCACCUGACCCCCGUCACGCUGGAGCUGGGAGGGAAGAGCCCCUGCUACGUGGACAAGGACUGCGACCUGGACGUGGCCUGCCGACGCAUCGCCUGGGGGAAGUUCAUGAACAGCGGCCAGACCUGCGUGGCCCCCGACUACAUCCUCUGUGACCCUUCGAUCCAGAACCAAAUCGUGGAGAAGCUCAAGAAGUCGCUGAAAGAGUUCUACGGAGAUGACGCCAAGAAGUCCCGGGACUACGGGAGAAUCAUCAGCCCCCGGCACUUCCAGAGGGUGAUGGGCCUGAUCGAGGGCCAGAAGGUGGUCCACGGGGGCACUGGGGACGCGGCCUCCCGCUACAUAGCCCCCACUAUCCUGGUGGACGUGGACCCCCAGACGCAGGUGAUGCAGGAGGAGAUCUUCGGGCCCGUGCUGCCCAUCGUGUGCGUGCGCAGCCUGGACGAGGCCAUCCAGUUCAUCGGCCAGCGCGAGAAGCCCCUGGCCCUCUAUGUGUUCUCCAACAACGACAAGGUGAUCAAGAAGAUGAUCGCAGAGACGUCAAGCGGAGGGGUGACAGCCAACGACGUCAUCGUCCACAUCACCGUGCACUCGCUGCCUUUCGGGGGCGUGGGGCACAGUGGCAUGGGUUCCUACCACGGCAAGAAGAGCUUCGAGACCUUCUCUCACCGCCGCUCGUGCCUGGUGAGGUCCCUGCAGAACGAGGACCUCAACAAGGCCAGAUACCCGCCGAGCCCGGCCAAGAUGACCCGACACUGAAGAGGGCUGCUCUGCCGGACCUGUCCACGCUGUGCCUACAUCACAGUGGAAGCCCUCCCUCGCACCCCUGCCCUGGAGAACACUCCUGUAGCCCCAGGCCUGCCUCUUGUUCCUCUGCUGACCUCUGCAAGCCCCCGACUCCCGCCUGGACCCCAGGCCUCACCCCUCCCAGCCCCGCCCCCUGUAGACACCAUGGAACCCAAUAAAGUUUCCUGAGUGAG